AUGUUUGGAGCAGAGGAUGGUCAAGAAUUAAAGGAACGACAGUCCAUGGAGCAUGGAAUGGAUGUGAAAGAACUAGCUGUAAGUCAUGGAUACAACUACGAAUACGGGGAUGUGCCUGAUGGAGAUGAUUAUGACGGAUCCACACUGCUUCACGAAAAUUCUCUAAAGAAAUCACAGUCCAUGGAUGCUACGACCGCCUUUACAACCAAAUCCGGAGAGCGAAUCCCGCAUAUUUAUGUUGUUGGAAAGACGUUUCAUCCAACUCUAGAGUUUCAAUUGAGAAAAGACUUUCAAGCUUCACUAUAUUGGUUCACCUAUCGAUCCAAUUUCCCAGAGAUCAAGCCAUAUGGAAUCACAUCAGAUGCUGGCUGGGGUUGCAUGCUGAGAUCAGCACAGAUGCUCUUGGCACAUACAUUGCGUGUGCAUUUCAAAUCAAGAAACUGGAAGCCUCCAAAAUCUUUGGAAAAAUGUCGCACAGAUCCCUUCAUUGUACGGUUGCUAACGUGGUUUGCCGAUUUCUCAUCAAAGAAUGAGUCCGUGUACUCUUUGCAUAACAUGGUUGCCGCUGGAUUUGCAAAGUAUGAAACACUUCCUGGAGAAUGGUAUGGUCCAGGGACGGCCUGUCAUGUUCUUCGUGAUUUGGUGACAUUGCACAAUCAAUAUCAGCCGUCAUUGUUUCGGGUCUACGUGGCCUCGGAAGGCACCGUCUACCGAGACGCAGUUACAUCACUCAUGACCACGGAGUCGAAGAAACGAGCAGAAGAAAGGAAAAGAAAGGAACAAAGCUCUGUGAAACCACCUCCAACCCCAUUACAUCCAUUGGAUACUUCCGUGCCACCUCCGCCGGUCGACGAUGAUGAGCAACUCGAAUGGGACACUGCUCUGCUCAUAUUGAUUCCAUUGCGUUUGGGACUCAACAAUUUCAAUGAAACUCAUCGAGAGAUAUUGGCUAGAACGUUUUGGCUGCCACAAUCUGUGGGUGUAUUGGGCGGAAGGCCGAGGGCCGCAAGAUGGUUCUUUGGGGCGUAUGCGGAUGGUACAUCGGUCUUGGGAUUGGAUCCCCACACGGUUCAGACGGCACCGCAGCGUACUUCCGACUACGACGAGGCGGAAGCAGCAAAGGAUAACGAUGGGACUUACACAGCGAUUGAUUUGUCCGUGGACUACAUGCAGUCAGUUCAUACAAGCUAUCCCGAAGUUUAUCCCAUCAAUCGAAUGGAUCCUUCCAUCGCUCUUGGAUUUUACUGUCGCGACAAGAAAGAGUUUGCUGAAUUUGAGUUUGCCGUUAAGCAGCUGAAAACAAAAUUAUCUUGUCCGGAUCUAUUCACCAUUGUCGAGAAGACACCAAACUACUCGACUGCUGCCGUGGGCAGCAUGCUGGACGGAGACUUGGAUUUGGGAGAUAACAUGCCCGACGAUGAUGGUGGAGACUUUGACGAUGACGAGUAUGUGCUGCUAUAG